GAUAAGAUACGAUGCAGCCUGGUUGUUGGCUGCGUGCCACCCAGCCAGCAACAGCAGAUGAUGCGGGAGCAGAAGCAGGAGCAGGGACGACAGCACUAAGAGCGGGAUCACCGGUGGUAACGGCGAAAGGAGGAGUUGGCGGGGGCUUUGUGGAAUCUUCGGCAUCGGUGGCUACUUUGGCUUCCAUCUCAUCAAUCGCUUCCACGUCGGCGGCAGCAAUGGCGGCGCUUAAGGCCCGUCCCUAUCUGGUUGCACCAUUCGUGACCACAGCCUCAGCACCACCCACACCGCAGCCCCACAUAUCCAUUUCAACGAGCACGGCCCGCACAGCGCCAGCCACGCCAACACGUCGUUGCACCGCCCCCGAGGAGGAUCUGGAUUUGGUGGAGGACUUUGAUGUGGCACUUGCUCAGAUGGAGGAGCCGCAGACGCAUGCCAAGACCAAGUCUCAGCGCUUUUUCUGGCGCAAGGCGCUACGCCGCGUCUUCCAACGACGCAAGUGACGGCGUCGCCGGCAGGACCUGCCCCGCUGGCAUCGUCCCGCCCGUCGCUGCCGUCGCCGGAACCUGGCCGAGCGGGUGAGGCGCAUCUGCGCCUGCUGUGCCUACGGCCAGAUCCUGCUGCGUGCAGCCCGCGUGGCCCUGCUCAGCUGCAUCCGCUGGCGAACCCGUGGCAACAUACGCAACAACAACUUUUACUUCAGCAACCACUAAAGCAUCAGCAUCAGAAGCCAGCCAGCCAAGCAAAAAGUCGUCUCCAGAGCAACAGUCGCUAAUCUCCGUGCUCCAGCUUACUCGAGUUAUGUUUAAAGUUAAUGAACAACCAUUCGAUAUAGUUUUACACACGCCAGCGCUUAAUUUAUUUCCUGUGUUUUACAUCGACAAUUAGACUAUUUUUGUUGCUUCAUAUGGAAUUAUAAAAUGUAUUACCGCCUACACCUACACGAACACUUCCCCACGAAUCCUGUACAUAUAGGGUCGAUAGUGCUCGAUCCCAUUAUUCAGUUUAGUUGAAGCGACGCAUAAGAAAGCGAGAGUAUAGCGAUAGCGCAUGCCGCAUACAAACCUAAAUACAUAGGCAUAUAUCUGUUACUGUACAUUUAGCCAAGAGGCGAAUCGGCAAAUACACAUUUAUAGCGUACAUAGUUAAAUGAACUGGAGUCGAUCCAACGGUCGGCGUCUCACUCGCUCUAUCGUCGUUUCGAUGGGCUUGUGGGGCGCUGCAGUUGGAUUUUUAUUAGCAUAUGUAAAUGUACAUGGAUGCAGAAACUUGAGCUGAACAUAACAAUAAUGAGAACGUAGUUAAUUAGAUUAUCCUCGGCUUAGUGAUCGACAUGAACAAUUUGAAAUGGCAUUAGAAUCCAUGAGAAACGUAACCUGAAAUAGUAAAGCGAAUGCACUACCAGCAACAACCACAAGUGAAACGAAUCCUUAUCCCAUAAUCGGAACUAAUAAGCAUAUAAAUAUAAUUAAAAGUAGCCGCCACUAACAAAAAGUAUUGUUCAAUAUUAAAUACUAGCGCAAGCGCAAAAUAAUUGCAGCUUUAUCGGAUAGAUAAAUAUUCAAGACACCGACACACACCAAAUUUGGCACAUUUAUCAAUACUAGAGCCACACAAAAUUUAUGGAAUUUCUCUCAACCACUCUUAACACAAGCAUAUUGUAUACCUAGAGGCCACUUUAUUUAAGGCUAGGAGUUAAAGCGAUUUUUUCAAUAGAUACGAUUCGACCCGGAGCGGUGGUGAAGCUAGAGCGAGGGAUUAUCAGAAAUGCGAAGUGGAGGGCCCAUUGUCCUUGGCAAUCGGAUGGCAGGGGAUGUGUGCAUAACUGACUAUUGACUAUAUACGAGUACGUACACAUAUAUAUGGAUAAGUGGCCUUAUUAAUUCGGUUCUCCGCACCACACCGCGCACCACAAAACACGAAACCACACGCACCCAAUGCAAACUAACCGCUCACAGAUACUAACCAGUGCCCCAGCCAAUCUGAGAAAAGCUAUUGCAAAGACGAUUUACGCAGCGCGAACUAAAAAAUUAUAGAAUUAGGUAUGAAUAUUAUUGUAACUAGACAGCCUAGCCAGCUAGCAAGCAGAUAUCAAUCUAAAGUUAAACUAAACGUGUCCAAGUUGAAGGAGAAUCAAAGAAUGAGACGGUUCUUAGUAGUAGCCCGCAGUCGAUCUUCGAUGUUGUCAUCAAGUUAAUCAUAACAUAAAUGCAAAAUUCAUCAAGCUUCGGCUGGCCGAUGUUUCGAACAUACUUACGCAUAUACUCUUUGAAAAUCGCCCAAGACUUCCUAACGAAGCGACUUAACUUGGUAUCACAAGUGGAAAAUCGGGGGGCCAAGAACCCAGCGCAGAUGACCACAUCUAAAUGAAUUCGAACCGGAAUCAGGAACCAUGCUGCCGAAUUGCAAUUCCAGAAUGUUCUCACGCUUUCAAAGAGUAUGAUUAUGAAUUAUACGGUACGAUACAUAAUUUAUUGAUGUAGUUAUAAACAAAAUAAACAACAAAUUACACAAAUUG